UGUUUACUGGCACCACUAUCUGGUCAGAGCAGCAAUGGCUUCUUUAUGGAAACAUUUCUGCAUCCUCAUCCUUCAUCUGCGUUCAUCUGCCUCGUUCCACCAGCAACCUGCCAGCAGCUCAGCGUCUGCAGUCAGAGAUGAAGGAAGCAAAACGACGAUGAGAAAUGAAGAAAACUUGUUUUUCACUGGGGAACCGGAGAAUCCUCUCGCUGCACAGAGAAAGUUGCUCCAAGCAGCAGGAGCUGCUCUUCCUUUCUCUCCUCUCAAGGUGUUGUCCAGCGGAGAGCCGUGUAUUUUGUUCCAGGCGAGGAAACUUUCUCUGCGCUUUGAGAAGCAGAGACCGGUGGACCUGACAGAGCUCACCUUUUCUCCUCAGAAGCUUGUCGACACGAGGGAGUCGCUCUGCCAGCAGGACAAAGCCACGCUGGUCAUGAGGUUUGGAGAUGUGGAGGAGUUGAGAGGCUUAUCAAUCAGAUUUCAGCUCUCCAACACAUUUUACGAGUCCUCGGGUCAGUGGUGGUUCUCCGUGGACCGGGUCUCUGUUUCAUACAACACUUCUGAGGAGGUUGUCUUCAACGCCACGGAUGUUUACGCUCCGGCCUCCUCCUCCUACCGCUGCCUCCAUGUCAGCAGUCUGCAGAGAUACAGUGGUCUGUUACUGCCGAGCACUGAGCAUGCACAGCGCUGGGCCAUCACCUUCAUCGACUUCCAGAUCCAAGCAUUCAACAUCAGUGAAGGGAGGUUUUCUCCUGCGAGCGACUGCACCACAGUCCUGACCCCAGCCAUCCUGAUGGGCCUCAUCACCUCCCUGAUCCUGCUGCUGGUUCUGGCCUACGCCCUGCACAUGGUCGUCCACCUGAAACACAUCGAGCACGACGACGACCAAAAGCCUGAUAUCUACUUCCCUCAGAGCCCAGAGCAGCUGGACCACUGCUGCGAAGAAAGCUCCACCGGGAAGAUCGUGAUGUAGGACAAAAAGAAGGUUCCUAAAACAGAGACAGAGCUGUGACGACCCAUGGAGUCAUGUUUCUGCUCAGGAGUUCAUUUUUAAGGAAAUCAUUUUAUUAACUGUCUUUGUAACACAUUUAAUACAAAUAUUAAUGAGAAAAAAAUU